AUGCCACAGAUGAGAGCCUCCAUGGGGGAGUACAGGUGGAGCUCUGAGGAACAUGAGAUGUCCGACCGUCAGGGCCAGUGUCUGGUCGCCCCCCAAGCCCUGCCGGCCCCCACCUACAAACAGAGGGUUGAGGAGUUCAAGAAGCUGUUCAGAGAACUGCCUGAGUCAGAGAAACUCAUCGUGGACUAUACCUGUGCCCUCCAGAGAGACAUCCUACUGCAGGGACGCAUCUACCUUUCGGAGAACUGGCUCUGUUUCUAUAGCAACGUGUUUUGGGGGACAAAGUUGUUCUUCACUUCCUUCUCAGCCAGAGAGAAGAGUUACCAGGGAGUGUUCCGGAUGUGGCAGAACACUCUGAUGGACAAGGUGAGGCACAGUUCAGCGACUUCAUAA